GUUUGAAGUACUUUCAAAUGAAGCGCUGGUCAGUGUUACCCGUUAGUUGGAAACCCAGCAGCUAGAGUCACAAUGCCACACCAUACGCGCCAUGCUUUCUUUCCGAUCGAUGUUUUCGCUCCUUCCGUAUCCUGGGUCUGGCCUAACUCGCACAGGCCAGACGUCAACAGCAGAGCAAUGGAUGACACUGAUUCAAACUCCGCCGCGAAGAAACGUUUUUGUGAAACUGUCGCCUUUAAUUCGAUUUUCUUAGCCUGUUAUUUUUGUAAUUUCGUGUUCACAAAAACUAUUUUCAACGAACUGGCGUUGCUGGUCGAUUGAAGGAGAAAUGUCGACUAAGAAGUUAGCCAAAGAAUUAGGGUUGUUGAGGAAACGCAGCCAGUUAUCGAACAGACGAGAGAAGUCGCAACUAUCAAAUCAAAUCUACUCCUACCUGAUCGUCAUUGAUUUUGAGUCCACAUGCUGGCGAGAGAAAAAACACUAUGGACAGGAGAUCAUUGAGUUUCCCGCGGUGCUGUUGAAUACCUCCACGGGUGAAGUGGAGGCAGAGUUCCACUCUUACGUCCAGCCACAGGAACACCCUGUACUGUCUGACUUCUGCACCGAGCUCACAGGCAUCACACAGGCCCAGGUGGAGUCAGGCGUGCCCCUGCAGAUAUGCUUGUCUCGUUUCAGCCGCUGGUUGCAGACACAACAGCUGCAGAGGGGUGUGGCCUUCUCCAGGCACCCUAGCGGAAGCCCCGCCCCCUCACACAAACUCUGCUCCUUCGUCACAUGGUCAGACUGGGACCUGGGGGUGUGUCUGCAGUAUGAGUGUAGGAGGAAGCAGCUUCACAAGCCAGACGUCCUAAACAGCUGGACAGACCUGAGGAGCACCUACAGGCUCUUCUACAGCAGGAAGCCUAAAGGUCUGAAUGGAGCGCUGCAAGACCUGGGCAUCCAGUUCUCAGGACGACAACACUCAGGUCUGGAUGAUGCUCGGAACACAGCCGGGCUGGCCUGGAGGAUGAUGAAGGAUGGUUGUGUGAUGAAGAUCACCAGAGGCCCUGAGAGGGCACCACUAAAGACCAAACCCUUAUUUACAAACACAUCAGUGAACACGACCAUCCACAACAACAAGGACACAGACCGAGGUUCCUCAGACCGAGGUUCCUCAGACCGAGGUUCCUCAGACCGAGGUUCCUCAGACAUAGGUUCCUCAUCACCCUGCCUAGAACCACAACCCAGCCAUCUCCAACCCUCUGAGAACCGCUCCGCUCCCUGCCCAGUGCGGAACCCCCAACGGAACACUAGAACCUCUGAACCGCUUCAGAACCUGCUGUCGCCCCUGAUGACGGUACUGACCCGUCUGAAUAGCCCGCUGUGUGGAGGAAGGAUAGGAACCGUCAACAAUAACAGCUUCAGCAGUCUGGUUCUGGUGUCCACUACCAUGGACCACAUUUCCCAUCACCCCCUGCUGGAGCUGACCCCUGACCCGGAAGCAGUGGUGGGCUUGGAGGAGGAAGUCCCGGUACUCCUGGAAUCGGAAUGGUGUGGUUCCUAUGACGAUGUGGUGUUGGAGGAGGGGGGGGAGGAAACCAACACAGCUACACACUCACACACACCUAGAAACACACACACAGCCACAUGCACAACCAGACACAUAUCUAGCAACACACACACACUUAACAACACACACAAACCAGACCAGCCUUCCUUCAGUGUCUACAGGGACCCACCCCAUCUCUCUACCUCCUCCUCUCGUCCUCCCUCCAUCCCCUCCUCCAGGCUCUCCUCCUCCACCUCCUCUCAUUCCUCCUCCAUCCCCUCGUCCUCCUCUCGUCCUCCCUCUCACCUCCCUGCCCCUCUCUCCUCCUCCACCUCCUCUCAUCCCUCCUCCAUCCCCUCGUCCUGCUCUCGUCCUCCCUCUCACCUCCCUGCCCCUCUCUCCUCCUCCACCUCCUCUCAUCCCUCCUCCAUCCCCUCGUCCUCCUCUCGUCCUCCCUCUCACCUCCCUGCCCCUCUCUCCUCCUCCACCUCCUCUCAUCCCUCCUCCAUCCCCUCGUCCUCCUCUCGUCCUCCCUCUCACCUCCCUGCCCCUCUCUCCUCCUCCACCUCCUCUCAUCCCUCCUCCAUCCCCUCGUCCUCCUCUCGUCCUCCCUCUCACCUCCCUGCCCCUCUCUCCUCCUCCACCUCCUCUCAUCCCUCCUCCAUCCCCUCGUCCUCCUCUCAUCCUCCCUCUCACCUCCCUGCCCCUCCCUCUUCCUCCACCUCCAGGCUCUAUUCCUCCGUCCUCUCCUCCUCCUCUCGUCCUCCCUCUCACCUCCCUGCCCCUCUCUCCUCCUCCACCUCCUCUCAUCCCUCCUCCAUCCCCUCGUCCUCCUCUCAUCCUCCCUCUCACCUCCCUGCCCCUCCCUCUUCCUCCACCUCCAGGCUCUACUCCUCUGUCCUCUCCUCCUCCUCUCGUCCUCCCUCCCUCCUGUCCUCCUCCCUCAACAUCUCCUUCCCCCCGUCGUCGAGGGGCGUGGCUAGGAUCACGUCUCCCUUGUGUGCGUGCGGGCGGAGAGCGAAGCGCCAGACGGUUGCCAACGGCGGCCCCAAUCACGGGCAAGCGUUCUACUGCUGCCCCGCCCCCAGGACCAUCGGCACGGCGACCGGUGGGACCAGGAAGAGGGCAGGGUGCGGGUUCUUCAGGUGGGAGUCGGCCGUCAUCAACGCUACAGCCCCAUCGCCGAGGGCAACCUUGUCGUCUAGGGCGACGGGGUCUGCAUGGAAAUCCUCUGUUCGUUUUUAGCCUCCCUCCUCUUCCUCACUGAGGAAGAUCUGCUGAGACAUGCUGAGGAAGGGCCGGCUUUUGCAGCAUAAUUCUAUGAAUUAUGAUUCAUGAGUCAAUAUACAUGAAUGAUGUAUGAGCUGAAGGGUUUGGUAUUGUAUAGUAUUUGUAAAAUGAUUUAAUUGGGAAAACUUUUGAAAUAGCUGCUUGUAUGAUGAAGACUCACAGAUUAAUUUAUUUACUGUAACAAAUGUACACGUGUCUGUAAUAAAGUAUUCAACGUAUUUCUUUCCACAACGCAGUGUACGGAAAUGGCU